CUGUGAUUUUGCAGCUCAUUUACUAUGUAUAGACCCCGCUCAAGGUCACCUCCGCCCGACAGGGGUAGAGCAUACUCUCCAUCAAGGCCACUGCCACCGAUGCGAUCACCUUCACCCUCAGCUUCUGGAGGUCGCCGACGAUACAGUCCUGGCCCACCUCCCCCGAGACGAGGUCGAGAGUAUGAUGAUGAUUAUGAUUAUCGACGCUCAACCCAUCCGCUACCUUCCAGAGUUUACAACGACGGAUACGGAUCGACUCCUGAUCGUAUGUACGGUGGAGCUGGAGGCUAUCAGCGAUAUGACCGGAGAGAAGACCCGUAUCGACGGUCGCCAUCACCGCCUCGCAGGUCGUACACUCGAGAGCCGCCCCCCGCUCGUCAUUAUCGGCUGGAGGAGGCUCCAAAUCGGUCUGGAAUCAUGGCAGGCAACUAUGACUACGAUGAUAGAUAUAGGGAUCCCUCUCGGGCUCAAGACAAUCAGGGCAAGUGGGAGCGCGGAUUCGAAGUUCCAGAGGCAGGACAAAUCGACGAAGCCGAACCAAGCGCAAAUGGUCCAGUUCGGACACGUGGUGCAAAGCAACCAUCUGCCCCAUCAAGAGAUGUUAUCUUUCUUGGCCUGGACCCAGAGCUUUCAGAGACAGAUUUCGCUGGAUAUCUAAAGACCGAGCAUCGUGCUCAACUUGAAUCCGUAAAGAUUGUCUUUGACAAGAUCACAGGUCACUCCAAGUGUUUCGGAUUCGCCGCUUUCAGUUCGAUUGCAGAUGCCCAGGACUUCGUCGGCAUCAACUUUCCUGCUGUGCUUAUGCCAGCAUUGUAUGCACAUUCUGAUCCUCGCAAAGUCAAGAUCGAUUUCUCCGCCACUCUCACCGGAUCCAAUGCUGCUGACAGUGGCUCCUCUGCGAACGCGACGGCACGCUUCCCGCAGCCCGGAGAUGACGGCAUGCGUGACAUUGGACCUCCAGGUGGCGGGAACCGUGUGCUCUUACUCCGAGGACUCAGUCACCAUUCGACACCGGGGGAGAUCAGCUUCCGCGUAGGAGAGGAGAUAGCCAGACUCGUCGGUCGACCUGGUCAGGGCGACGAAGCCCAACGAGCCGUCGUACGAUUGGUCUCUAUUGUCGAUCGGGCCGCUCGGAAUAGUUGGGGCUAUUGCUUUGUCGAGUUUGCCACUGUCGAGCUCGCUACAGCCAUGCUUGCCUUCCUCAUCGCUCCUGAGAGUCAGCCGCAAGGGUUCCAAAUAUCUGAACAUGCUAUUGCAGCGUCAUUCGCCAACCCUGCAGCCUUCAUUCCUACCCCAGCAGGACCGUUAGGCAGCGAGCUGGUGGUCCGGGCGGCACGCAAGGGCGGAAUCGGCUUCACAACGAUCGAUCAACCAGAUGGGACAUGGGUUGGAUACUGGCAUCCGGAUGCCAUACCUUCGCCGUUUGUGCCGGCAGGAGCGCCAGCCAUCAGCGACACUGGCCACACUGAGAGCUUGGCUCCUGAAAUCAGGUCCCUCCUGGGGAGCCUCUCUGGCGAAGUCUCAGGGGGACUCUCGACAGACGCAGCUCAGCAACAUCGAGUUACCAUGCCGACCGGUCCCAUCAGCAUCACCAUGACCGGGCUCCAGCCCAUAAAAUCCAGCAAGACGAACAAAGUGCCUGACGAGGGAUUUGUUGGCGGCUUAUCCAAAAAUCUCUUAGGAGAUGACGAGGAAUCAGAUCUCGUUGGCAAGGAUUCAGUACUACUCUCAAGAACCAAAGGCGUGUCCAAUAUCAUCGGGCCCAGCACCCGGAAGGUGGCGAAAGACAUCUCCAAAUGGAAUACCAAGAAGACUGAAUUAUCGACUCCGAUUGAUGAGGGUACCUCAGCGAUACCUCGUGGACUGUCCGAGGCAAAUGCUGCCCUUGGCGUUCCCCGUGCUGGGCCUUCAACUGCGGCGGCGACAGUUAGCAAAGCAGCGCAAGUAUUUGACUAUUCCGACAUGACGACCGGCGGAAAGAUGGCUUGCCUGCUCUGUCAAAGACUAUUCAAGAGUGAAGAAGAGCUUGGCAAGCACACGACUCGAUCAGAACUCCACAAGACUAAUCUCCUUGACUCCAGUGUCUGUGAAGCAGGUCAGCAACGAAAGCUGGCGGCACAGGCUGCCCGAACAUCUGAUGGCAAAUAUCGAGAUCGAGCGGCGGAGAGACGAGAGGUACAUCAUCAGCCUGACAAACCCGUCUAUGAAGAGGGCACAAGCCAGCCGAAGCGAAAGUUCGCCGAGGGACCGAAACCACCGCCACCACCACCGGUAGCUGCGAUCGAGCCUGGCAAGGAUGAGUCGAACCGGGGCAAUCAGCUUCUCGCAAAAAUGGGGUGGAAGAGUGGAGUGGGAUUGGGCACUAGCGGAGAGGGGCGAGUAGAUCCGAUCCUGGUCCAGCAAUUCGAGAGUCGGGCGGGACUAGGAGCAAGCAAGGGACAUGACGCUAGCAAGUGGCAAGGACCUGGAGGAUUCCAAGCUCGCGCGAAGGAUAUGACGAAAGAGCGAUUCGACCAGAUGUCUCAGCAACGGGGUGCGGCGCCCAAGUAGAUAU